AUGAGCGGGCCACUCAGCUUCAUCGACGGCAGCUCCUGCAGCACCUGCAGCGCCGCCGCGGGCAGCUCCCGCGCCACGGCCUGCGCCUACCCCGAGCUGCAGGCGGUGGUGCGGGACGCGCCACGCAGCUUCUCGCCCGCCGCCGCGCGCAGCCCCUUCACCGCCUUCCCCUGCCAGCUGGCCCCGCUGCACCUGGCCUCGGCGCUGGGACGGGACGGGUGCGUGAGGGCGCUGCUGGAGGCAGGCGCCAGCCCUUUUGUGUGGACCCGGCCCCCGCCGCCCGCCGCACCUGCCGGCGGAGGCGGGGCCGAGGGCGGGGCCGCGGCUGCCGCGGCCGGGGCCGACGCCGGCGACGAUGACGAUCACUUCAGCUCCUACGAGGGGGUGUGCUCUUCUGGCGUGUACCAGUCCCUCAAGCAGCUUCUACCCAGCUCCUCCGAGUUCCCCUACACCUUCACCCUGGCCCAGCAGCUGCUGCGCACGCCCUGCAGCCCACUGUUGCUGGCGGUGCGGUUUGGGCGCCUGGCAGCCGCGCAGGCGCUGCUGGAGGCCAUGGAGGGAGGCAGAGCCGCCGCAGACGCAGCCGCAGCCGCAGCAGCCGCUGGGGGCGGCGUGGAGGAGCGCGGCGGCGCCGACGGCAGCGCCAGCGGCGGCGGCGAUGGCGACGCCGCACCCGAUCUAGUCCUCACCCCUUCUUUCGCUACGGCCAGUGCCGCCGCCAGCCAGGCCAGCGCCGGCUCGGGCCUCGGCGCCGCCCCCGAGCCCCACGUGGAGCUGCUGCGGCGGCUGCUGGGCGCGGGCGGGAGCGGGUGCGCUCGCCCGCUGCGCCGCCUGCUGCCCGCCAUCCUUGCUCGCUACGACAACUGCAACCCGCAGAGCGGCAUGGCAGACAAGCUGCGGGAGGGCCUGCGUGAGGUUCUGGCGCACGUGCUGCCUCCGGGCGAGGAGGGCGGCGGCAGCGGCGGCGGCGGCUGCGCAUGGCGCGACGGCAUGCCCCCGCCCGCCCCGCCCGCGCUGCGCCAGCUGCUCACCGCGGCGGUGGUGUGCCGCGACGAAGCGCGGUGCGGCGUGCUGCUGGCGGCGCUGGAUGCCAGCUGCCCCGCCCCCUGGGCUGACGUGGCAGCCAACUGCGCGCUGCUGGCCGCCGCCGCCGCGCACGACAUGGCGGGGGUGGUGGAGGGGCUGCUGGCGCGGCCGCCGCCGCCGCCGGGCGACGGCAUGCCGCCGUUCAACGCCAACAUGUGGGGGCCCGACGGCCUCAGCGUGCUGAUGACGGCGGCGCACCGCGGCAGCCUGGCAGCGCUGCAGGCGCUGCUGGCGGCGGGGGCGGCCGUCAACCUGGCGGACGAGAUGGGGUGCACCGCGCUGGGAUGGGGCGUAGUGGGCAAUAGCCAGGAGGCGGUGGUGAUGCUGGCGCAGCACGGCGCCGCCAUCGACCACUUUGGCGUGGUGCACGAGGAGGAGGAGCACCUGGAGCGGGCGCUGCUGACCGCGACGGCCCGCAGGCGGGGCCUCAUUUGA